AAGUGCCAUCUAUAAUCGAAGGUUGUUGUAUUUAUGGCUGUUGACAGCUUUGAUAGAGCGCCAUAAACUCCCGCUAAUGUGGACAAAAGCUUUGGAUAACGUUGUCAUGUACUUCAGAUAAACUCCUGUCAGAUUAAUCCUGUAGAAUGUUGUAAACCUGCCGACAAAUUAAAACGACGCGUCUGCAUUGAUUCGCUCAACGUACUGGGGUUAAAAUAUUACCCAAAUUCAGUUACUUCAAAGUUAUUGGAAACUGCAUGGGCCACGCUGUUGACUGAGACUAUUCCUACCGGGAUCCUCUGUUCGUUACACUCAGUUCGUGAAGUAUACGUGGAGUUCGAAUCUAAUUAUAUUGGACUGAUUAAUUUUAAAGACUGUUGCACUAGGAAUAGAGAGAUUUGAAACCGGUGAAAGCUACGAGUCGCCUUUGAUCUUGGAUUUCAAUUCUCUUCACAUAGAGGUAAAAUAACAUGCUACUCAAGCCUACAAGCCUAUUUAUUUACAUUGCAUUGUGCAAUGUAUUUGUCCUAUGCAAUGAAAAUAUUGGACCCUCGAUUGUGGUAAACCCAAAAGACACCAUUGCUAUCCCAGGCAAAAACGUUUCGCUUUUCUGCAUAACAAAUGGUCUCCCCAAACCCACAGUGGUAUGGGAGAAAGAUGACGCCAUAUUAACUGGGAAACACUAUUCAAUAUCGUCAAAUGGGGCAUUACAUAUAUCUGGUGCCAUAGAAGCCCGAGAUAAAGGAACCUAUCGAUGUAGGUCUACAAAUGUCAUUGGAACUAUUGUCAGCCUUCAAGCAAAACUUGGUUUCCCGUUUCUUGACCCUUUUGCCGAACCAUUCUCAAAUAUGCAAGCCAGGAAUGGAGACCGUUUGGUCCUGAAAUGCCAGAUCCCAGACGCUGCGCCUUUGAACUCGAGAAGCGUUAGAUGGUCGAAAAAAGAUUUUCGCUAUGCUGAUCUACUUCCACCCCUAGAGACGUCACCUUACUAUACCGUUGGUAAUGAUGGCGAUCUCUAUUUCUCCUACGUCACCAGUGCUGACACUGGUAGUUAUGUGUGUGUGGUUGGGAAUACAAUUCUUGGACGUAGCGAAGAAAGGACGGUGAAACUGAAAGUUGGUUUGUCCCAAGAAAACAUUUAUGAAGUGCGUUCUCCUGGCGUCUUCAGUGCAUUUAGCGAACCGAAGUUUGCUGUGGAAGGAAAGGCAUUUGUUCUGGAAUGUAUUGGGUAUGGAAGGCCAGUACCGCAUAUAUCACUGAAGAAAUCAGGCGGCACAACUGAAUUAGGGAAAACGACGACGAACAAAAGAACAUACGUCAUACGUGAUUUCAGCGCUAAGGAUGCUGGGACAUAUGUGUGCAUAGUUCGAAAUGAUUACGGAGACUCCAGUGAAGUUACGACCACUGUGACUAUGUUAGUUAAAGCACAAUGGACCAGUCGUCCUAAGGACGCUUCAGUGGACGUGAACGCCAGCCUUACUUGGAAAUGUAAAGCAAAAGGGGUUCCUCCUAUCAAAUAUACAUGGCUACACAAUGGAGUGAACAUGAAACAAGCGGAUGGUUCACCUAAUUAUGUCAUAAAGGAUGGAACAUUAACCUUUUCCAAGCUUCAAGUGAGUCAAAGAGGAAUGUACCAGUGCCAUGCAUCUAACAGUGUCAGGUCACUGAUUACAGCAGCUGAGCUCAAUGUGAAAGCUGCUCCGCCAAGUUUCGACAAAGGUGGUAUAGCACCGGACGAAAUUACUAACGCAGUGACUACUGGGACAGCCGUGAUCACCUGUCAACCCGCAGGAUCCCCUAGGCCGAAAGUGACCUGGUUAAAAGGGUCAACAGCAAUUGGCGAGUCCAGUGACAAGUUUAGUGUUAGUGAUGACGGUACUUUACGCAUAUUUAAAGUUAAAAAGAAUGAUAGGGGGACUUAUACUUGCAUUGGAAGGAAUCCAUUUGGUGUGAUAAAGAAAUCCACAUAUCUCAUGAUAAAAGAGGGAAUCGUCAUUGUCAACUUCCCGCGUACAGCUAAUGCAAUAGUCGGUCACAAUCUCAGUCUCACUUGUGAAGUUGAACUGGAGACAAAGUCUGUUGUCUCAUUUGAAUGGACGCAGAACCUCAGACAGUUCUCUGAAAGGAAUAUCAUUAUUACAAACAGUCUUCGUAAGAGUGUGUUGUUUAUUAAAGAACUUACGUUGAAAAAUUCCGCCAUUUACAGCUGUAAAGCAAUAGCAGACAGUUUAACCGGUGCUGGUAGAAGUCAUGAUUAUGCAGAUAUCAGAAUCAAAGUGAAAGGUCCUCCAGAAGCGCCGAUUUCGAUCACUGUGAGUGACGUCAAAAAACAUCACGUGAACAUAACAUGGGCAACGUCUGCGCACACCAACAACAAUAAUAGCCCUGUUAAGAGAGUCAUUGUAGAAUACAAAACCUUGUAUGAGCCAGGCAUUUGGUAUUCGUCCCGACAUGUGUUGUUAAAAGGCGAGAAUAAAGCUGAAGUCAAAAUAUCGCCUUGGGCGUUUUAUACGUUUCGAAUCAUUCUGGUCAAUGCUAUUGGACAAAGUCAGCCUAGCCCACUAAGUGCGUUGAUUCAGAGUCCUGCUGCAGCUCCAGAUAAGGCGCCGUCCAACAUCACAGGUCUGGGACCUAGUCCAACGGAGUUGACAAUAUCAUGGCAGGGUCUGAAGCCAAUAGAACACAAUGGGCCUGGUCUACACUAUGCCGUCUUUUAUCGCCGAGUCAAAGACUCCUCGCCUAUGACCCGCGUGCAGGUGAACUUGAAGAAAAAGCUGGAGUACACAGUGAAAAACACUAAAUUUUAUGAGCAGUUUGAAUUUCAAGUUCAGGCUAUAAAUGCUCUCGGGGCUGGUCCACGAAGCGCUAUGGUUUAUGGGUACUCUGGAGAAAAAUCUCCAAUUGGCGAACCACAGGAUUUGCGCGUUCAAAUUCUGAACAGUCGCUCAGCCAGGGCAACCUGGACUGGCAUAAAGAAAGACAGAAGCGCAAGUAGAGGAAAAUUACUUGGCUAUAAGGUUUAUUACUGGUCCACCCAACAUGGUAUGCGUCCAUCAGAUGCACAUUACGAGCCAACUGGCGAUACCGUUACUAUGGUAGGACUUGAGUCGUUUACAACCUAUUUCUUCCAAGUGGUCGCCUACAACAGCAAAGGUGAUGGACCUGGUAGUAACGUAGUUGGACCACUCUCAACUCCGGAGUCAGUUCCUGAAGCUCCCUUCAGUGUCGAUAUCCACGUGACCAAGCCAGAAGUGACGUUGAAAUGGAAACCUCCAUUGAAAAAGAACGGCAUCAUGGUCGGUUACCAGGUAACCGUGAGGAAACUUCCCGUUGGACAAAUUAAUAUCAUUGACGUCGGGAAUCAGAGGUUGGAGCAAGAAUUUGAAGCAUUAGAUUUGAAUGGGAAAUAUCAGUUUGCUUUGCUUGCUCGAAAUAGAGUUGGCUUUGGUCCUCCACUUGUUGUAAAUAUUGAUUUGAAUAAAGUUCCUAAGAAUGCCCCUGAAGACAUUUUUAUAACCGUUGACAAAAAAAGAAAAACAGCUAAUGUAAAGUGGUCGAAAGUUGAAGGAAUGAUAGAUGGUUAUAGGGUAAGCUACUGGAACACUCAAGAUGGUACUGAGAAAUCCACCAAGUUUCAAGAAGUGGACAAGAAUUCUGGCAGAUCAGUAACUGUCGCAAAUUUAGAAAAGCUUACUUACAAAUUUCAAGUUAGAACGUAUCAGGAAUUCGGUGAUAAUCUGGUCCUUGGCCCUGAAUCUAAAAUACAGACUGUGACCAUGAGUACUGAUAAAUCGAUGCCAACAUCACGAUCUGACAGUUGGAUUCUACGUGGAGUCACGUCUUACCUCAUAUUAUCAGCCAUUCUAGCAAUGCUACAUGUUAUGUUAUAACAUUAACAGAACCAAAAUUCAAUCAGAUAUCGGUAAAGUACCUGUAUAUCUUAUGUAAUAAUGUAAUAUAUGCCCAACACACUGAACACAGUGAAAUCAAUUAUUCAGCCAAAUAUGCUGGCAUACUUAAUCGAAAGCUAUUCACCUGUAUAGAGGUGGGCAGAUAGAUAAUUAAUGAUAGAGAAUUUCCCCGUUUCUUGUGAAAUGAUCAAAGAGUCCUAAAGCAUGGCAGGCAAAUUUCUCGCUCGUACUUGUCAUGCAUAACUCGUAAUCAGAUAUAAAUUCUUCCUAACAAGAAACGAUCGAGCCUCCCCUGAAAGAUUCACAUCCACUUCCAGUAUCUCGAGGUUCCACAAGUUGGCAAGGAAUCUCUAGCGUAGACUAGGUAUACAACCUCAUGAAGUUGAACUUAUAUACCCGUCGCUUCUGCUCACUUCAUCUUAUAUCAGCCGAGAAACACCAACGGUAUUAGAUCAUUUCAAAAGUUACUCUUGCACUUGACUUAUAUGACUGAACAUAUUAGUUAUCGACAUCGCUAGUUCUGUUCACGGGUUAAAAUACACCGGAUCCUUAACUAUAUAUGAUAUAGUUUUAGAGGUGCAGUUAGAAUAUAAACUGGCCUGCCUGCAUCACAUAUAUAUGGAGGAUGCUUUGGUGUAGUUUACUUCUUAUAGUUCAUAUCAUUGUGGCUUGAUUACGUUUUAAUUGCUAUAUAAAAAACGAAAAUUUUACCCUCUAUAUGUAAUUAAUAAAUUAUAAUGUAGUUAUAUAUGUAUUUGUUGACUUCAGAAAACGUCUGUAAAGAGAACAAUAAAGUCAAAAAACAAUUCAAUAUA